AUGAGAACCUGGGCAAAUUAUCAUGCAGAGAAGGAGGAAGAUGUCGGUGAUAAUGGAAAUAAGGUAUUCGACGAAAAUCUGAAGUUUGAUGCACCAAAUCGUGAGAUAAAUUUAUUCGAAUUUUUCGAGGAUAAUGUGGGCUGUGACGAUUUGGUGAAAGAGAUAAAAGAUGCAGAGGAAAAGAUGCUUAAAGCAAGUGAUGAAAAGGAGGGUUGUGAAAAUAAGAGAAGAGAAAGUGAAAGUGAAGAAUCGCUUGUAAAACCUAAAUUAGAAGAUAAAAAUAGAUCAGUAUUUGACCGGGGAAAAUUAAUUAAAAGUAGAGAUCCAAUAUCUGACGUACAUCGUAAUGAAGUUGGAGUCGAAAAUAAUGAUAAUGGGGAUAAAGCUACAGAAUCAAAAGAAAAAAUAAAUGCUCACAAAGGUAAAAUGCUGUAA